GAGACUCUUGGGGCUGGGGGAAGCAGGCAUGUGGAUGAGUGGGGGACACACCAAGACUCAUCAAUUAAACCCUCCUUGAAAUGAUUGAGUUUGUGACAGAAGAGAGAAAAAAAGAAAAAAGAAAAAAAAGGAAGCCCUCUCCCAGUCUCUUUUAUUUCUCUCUCUUUCCUUCACUGCUAUUGUUUUUGGUUGCUACAGUACUGCAUUUUGCUUUGGGGGUCAGUGAAUGAAAAAGGAAAACCAAAAAGCAUGAGCUUGAGUUGAGCUACCAACAAGUUUUUCUAUACAGCCCGACUUGGCAAAGCCUUUGUUUUACUUCUCUUCGAAGAAGCCAAGGGUUUCUUUUUUAUUCUUCUUCUCUCUUCUUCAUCAUUGAAGAUGCCUAGACCUGGUCCAAGACCUUAUGUCUGUGAGAGAAGAGCUUGGCACAGUGAUAGACACCAACCCAUGAGGGGUUCUCUCAUUCAGGAAAUUUUCAGAGUUGUAAAUGAGAUUCAUAGCUCAGCAACAAAGAAGAACAAGGAAUGGCAAGAGAAGCUCCCUGAUGUUGUCUUAAAAGCAGAAGAAAUUAUGUAUUCCAAAGCCAAUUCUGAGGCUGAGUACAUGGACAUUAAAACCCUCUGGGAUCGAACAAAUGAUGCCAUUAACACAAUCAUUAGACGUGAUGAGAGUACUGAAACUGGAGAGCUUCUUCAACCUUGUAUUGAAGCUGCUCUUAAUUUGGGCUGCACUGCGAGAAGGACUUUGCGGAGCCAACGGAAUUGUAGUCCAAGGUCUUAUCUUAACCCGGGUGCUCAAAAAGCAGAGGGCACUACUCUAGGAAAUCUCAUAACUAAUUCACAUUGCAUGGCUAGUGAUUCCAGCUUCCUAAAACACACAACCGUGAACAUGACGGAUAUGGGCUCUGAAGCUCAGAAACACAUUGCUCAGAACGGUAACCGUGGCACUGACAAGUUUUCUUUUGCAUCAAACAAUAGUCCUCUUGCUAGUAAUGUAGAGAAGCAUCCUCCAAAUACCUAUUCAGUUUAUCCUCUUUUCUAUGGAAACCACCUUAAAGUUGAAGAACAGCGGCAUGGUUAUGGAAUCUCACCAAAGUCAUUUUCUAACACAGUAGAGCCUGCCAUGAUGGGUGUCAUUCAUAGUCUCUUCUCUCCUGAUGUGGACUCCUCAAAUAAGAUGAACCAAACAGAUGUUAGAAAUACUUCUAACAACCCACAUGAAAUUCCCUGUGACCUAUCACUGCGGCUGGGCCCUCUCUCAACUCCUUGCCUGAGUGCUGGAAACAGCAGGCACAAGGAAAUUAAAAACACCGAUUCCACCUUUCUAGAGUGGAACAAGUUCAGUUAUCUGACACCCCCAAUUGAUGAAAGUUUAUCUUCCUUACCCAGGAGCAACAGAGAUGCCCCCUUGAACCCGUAUUCAAACGAACGGAAUCUUGAAGGUGGACAUAUGGAUGUAGAUGCAACAUUGAGCAAGCGAAAGACAAUUUAUGGUCCACCAGUCGAUCAGCAAUUUUGUUUGUCACCAAAGCUUCCUUGCAGCGAAUUAACUGGAAGAAUGAAGCGUGUAGGAUCCUAGAGUGUCCUUUAGACCAUUGACAUUGUCUUGGUGAGUAUGAUCUGCUGAAGCUCUUUCCCCUUUUUUUUUCGCCAUCUUUUUGUAGUUGAAGUUAUAUGUUAAUGAGCAGUGUGUUAAAAUGUUGCAAGAAUGUAAGUUGCAAAUAUUGAAUGAGUUGAGUUAAAUGAAGGAAUCACCAACAAACUGACCGACAA